AUGUAUUUACAUGCAUGCCGGACUAACUCAAAUGAAAUCCUAGACCAAGCUAAAAGAGAGCGUGCUGUGAUGGCAUUUGAUAUGAUGGAUCGGUAUGGUAAGGGUUAUAUUGAAGGUGAUGACUUGGCUAAAGUCUUGCAGAUUUGGAAAGGUGGCAACCAAUUGGAUGCUGGUCAAGUUACAUUUCAUGAACGCAAGUCAAAAGAUGAAUUCAUUCAAUGGUAUAUGACGCGAGAUGAUUUUGAUGAUUUAGUGCGUCAAACUUUCAAUAUAUAA